GUCCGCUAGCUUGGGGUGGACUGCUGCGCCCUGGGGCUUCGGUCCGGAGGCCGCCCGCCCUCUCGGAGCCCCGGGACUGCGGGGGGUCAGCUGGGGGCGGGGAGCGCCGCGACGGCCACGAGCCCGGGAACCUGCGCGCGCCGGCGCGCGGGUGACAGGCCCGGGGCCCCGCUCCCCCGCCUCCCCCGCCGAGCUCCGCGAUGGUCUGCGCCGGCAGCGCGCGAGGCUUGAAGCGCCCGACCGGGCGCGCAGUCCCUCAGGCGGCUUCCCGUCGGCGCCGCGCCAUGGACGCUGGGCGAGCGGAGGUCCGCGCUUUGGAAGCUGAGAUCGCGGCCCUGCGGCGCGCGUGCGAGGAGCCGCGGGCGCCGGGGGAAGACACCUCGCGAGCGCGAAAAUCCCUUCAAGAAAUACAUCAAUCAGAUUCUGGAGAAUGGGCUGCUUCAAAAGAUCUGAGAGGUCAUCUUGGACAUUUAGAAUCAGAACUUCUUUUUCUAAGCACACUUACUGGCAUCAAUAUAAUAAAUUACUCCAUGAAAACGGAGGACCUAACAAGCACUGAGAAUACAGAAAAGAAUAUAAAGAAAGUUCUGCAGAGACACAGGUUAUCAGGAAAUUGCCACAUGAUUACAUUUCAACUUGAAUUUCAGAUUCUGGAAAUCCAGAAUAAGGAGAGUUUAUCUUCUGUUAUUACUGACCUCAACAUAAUAAUGGAGCCCACCGAAUAUUCAGAAUUAAGUGAAUUUGUGUCUAGAGCAGAAGAUAGAAGAGAUCUAUUGAUGUUUUUCCGAAGCCUACACUUUUUUGUGGAGUGGUGUGAAUAUCGUAAGUGCACAUUUGAACACUUCAAGGAGAAGUACUCAGAAGCUGUGCGCCUCCCGGAGGGGGCCGCCUCCAGCUGCAUGGUGGUCCAGAGCCCCCGCCAGCCCGGGUUUGAGCUCGUAAUCGUUUGGAGGAUACAAAUAGAUGAAGAAGGGAAGGUUUUGCCGAAGCUGGAUCUUCUCACCAAAGUGCCACAGCAAGCCCUGGAGCUGGACAAGAACCGAGUCCUGGAAACUGCUCCCCUCGGCUUCCGGGCCCUGCUGGGCGUGCUGGGCAUUGAAGCCGCUCUAGAGAGCCUGAUUACGUCGCUCUGCGUGGGGGAAAACCACUAGUUCCUGGCAAACACGCAGUUUCAGGGACACCACAGGAGGCGGUUAGACCUUGUGCAGAACUAACGUGCAGUCCUCACUUUCCUUGAACCUGGCUGACAUCACGGCCGCGUCUUUGGCAUGUACAGUCUUUGAGUAGUAGUUGACGAUCUUCCCGUCCAGUUUAUACUGGUGUGGAAUGCUCUCAUAGGGCUUGAGGUCGAGGUCCAGCACAGACACAGAGAAGGCAAGCCUGGAUCUCGAUGAAGUGACGACAGGCCUCUGCUCAGAGCUGCAAGUGAACGAGCAGCUUUAGGACCCACGAACCCCAAACCCUCACGCUGUUCACAGCGCGCACCCAGCUCCGGGCGUCCCCACGCACUCCGUGUAUGCCCGCGGACGGGUGUUGCUUCCCAAACCCUGGUGGUGGAGCCGAAUGCUGGGAAGGGAAGUUAACAAGGAGCCACGUGUUCCCAACCUGAAGGAAAGCGGAAAGGAGACCUGACCUGUCCUCAACCAGACAGAGAAGACGCCGACAGCACACUUCCCUUCACUCGUCUCCGGUCAUGAACUCGCGGUCCAUGGGUUAGAGCCCCAUGUCACGCUCUGCGCUAACAGCGUGGACCCUGCUUCAGAUUCUGUCUCCCUCUCUCUCUGCCCCUGCCCUGCUCGCACACACUUUGUCUCAAAAUAAACUUAAAAAAACAAAACAAAACACUUUGAGGCUAAUUCUGAACUCUGUACUAAGACUGCUGCGUGCCCAUCCCACUUAGCUCUGAGUGCCUGGUAUUGUCUUGCCUCCAAAUGACUGGUUAAAUGUAUUCUAUGAGCUCAGCUUAGCCCAAUAAAACUACUCAGGAGUCCUA